GCCCCGCCACUUUCUACUGGGAUUGAAAAAAAAAACCGCCAAGAAAUUUUUAGUUUUACUGACGUCAUUUUCGUAAAAAACGGACAUAAUUUGAGCAAUUGAAUGGUUGAAAUAAAAAGUAUAAAUAAUAUCCAAUUUAAUUAAUAAGCAAAAUAUAUUAAAUCAAUGACUGUUUGAUGACUAUUAUAAAUAAUCAGGAAUCAAUUUUUAAUUGUUGUAUUUAUCAACAAUACCAUAAAAAAUUUAAAUAAGCGACAAAAUGAGCACUCCACCGGAAAUAGUGGACAUAACUAGUGACAGUGAAGCUAACGCGUCACAUGUAGAGAAUCAGGAUGAAGAAGUUGUUCUUGUUUACGAAGCAGUGGCUAAAAAACAUUCAGGAAAUAAUGUUCUUAAUUCGUUGUUUGCGCUUACAAAUCAAUGCCAUUUAAAUAAUAAUGGCCUACCAGUUAUUUCGGCACAGCAAAGAAUGAAAAUUUGGGGCGAAUGUUUUAUUUUGAAUCGUAUUGCAAUGCAAAAUAUGCAAGCAUUAACAAACAUGGCCGAAUGUUUUUUGACAACUUCUACUGCUACUAUUAGUACUACUGGUAGAACUGGUUCUAAUAAUGAUAAUGAUAAAAAUAAAGUAAAGCUAGAAGAAUUGCAAAAUAAUCUUGAGACGAUCAAUAAAUUGAUAAAUGAAAACAAUUCUCAGAAUAAAGAUGAAGAUCAAGCAAAUGAUGUAAUUGAAGAAUUGGUUGUCAAGGAUCAAGAGAAUUAUUCAACAGACAAUGAUUGUAGUGAAGUAAAUCUAGUUCCGGUUGUUAAUAAUGACAAUUCUAAGGAUGACAAGAAUGAUUUUGUUGUUCUGAAUGAUGGAGCUAGUGGCCCAUCAAACUUGCAGGUACAAGUUGAUGAAGUUGUUGACAAUUCUAAUGCGGGAACUGCGCAUGAAAAAAACACUGAACCAGUAAACCCAAUUACUGAAUCAGAUCAAACUGGAAACUCGCAUGAUAUAAAUCGUCAUAUUCAUCAUCACCGUCAUCAAUCAGAAAACAAAAAGUCAAUUUCUUGCUCAACCGAAAAAGAACUCGAGUGUUUAUUUUGCAGAAAAAUAUUUACUAGUAAAAAAACUUUGAUGCUUCACUUGGAGACCCAUAAAAAAGAUGAUAAUUAUUACUGCAAUGUCUGUCUUUAUACAACAAAAUUUUUGUGGACUUUCAAAAACCACAUGAACCAGCACAUCAAUGCUGGACUGUUCAUUUGCUAUGAAUGUGGUGACUCAUUUGUAAACAAAUCAUUAAUAAAGAAACAUUUGAAAUCUCAUCACAAGUCCAAGUUUCGAAAUUCUAAUCGCUACCGACGUUCGAAAUCUUCUAAAAGAUUGACAGAGGAAUGUCCGUUCUGCAAAAAAAAAUUUUUAAGUAAACACAAUUUAGAACUACACAAAAAAACCCAUAAAAAAAAAAAUCAUUUUUACUGUAAUGUCUGUCUUUAUAAGACAAAAAGUACUCGAAACUUUGUAAGUCACAGUAACAAGCACAUGAAUGAUGAACUAUGUGUUUGUUACCAUUGCGGUAAUUCAUAUAAAAUCAAAGCAUCAUUAGAAGAUCACUUGAAUUCUCAUCGUGAUCCCAAUUCUCAAUUUAUUAAUCAUCAUAAUGCAAUAAGUUUUAGGAAUAAAAAUCUCGUGUGUUUAUUUUGCCAGAUAAAAUUUCCAGACAUUGAAAGUUUGGAACAACACAGAAAAACCCAUAAAAAAGGAAGUACAUAUUAUUGCAAUUUGUGUCUUUAUACAACAACUGUUUUAAAUUAUUUUUAUAAACACACGAAGAAGCACUUCAAUGAUAACUCAUAUACAUGCUAUCAUUGCGGAAAAUCAUUUAAGAAAAAAAAAUCAAUAGAAUUUCACUUGAAUUUUCAUCGUGAUCCCAAGUAUCAAUUUAUUAAUCAUCAUAAUGCAAGAAGUCUUGUAAAUAAGAAGCUCGUGUGUUUAGUUUCCCAGAAACAAAUUUCCAGACAUUAAAACUUUGGAACAACACAAAGAAACCCAUAAAAAGGCAAAUAAUUAUCACUGCAAUGCAUGUCUUUAUAAGACGAAGGAUACUCGGACUUUGAAAGUCACACCAACAAGCACAUAAACGAUGAAUUACAUACUUGUUAUUAUUGCGGAAAAUCAUUUAGAAUAAAAGCGUCAUUGGAAAAACAAUUAAAUUUUUGUCAUAAUCCGAAUUUUCGGGCGAUUAAUCAUCCGGAUUUAAGGGAUCGUUGAAAUAAAGGACUGAAGUAUUGAUUUGAAACUUCACGACAACAAAUAUAUACAGGAAAAAGUAAUUAUUAAUGUGAUUUUUAAAAAAACAUUAACGAACACAUGACUACAAGUUUACCUAAACUAUUAUUAGUAAUUAUUUGAAAUUAAAACGCGAUUUCAAAUUACUUAAGUUAUUUUUAUAACUCGGACUUUCAUGUUCAGUAAAUCAAUCUAAAGUUUUUCUAUUUUUUUCUUAUUCGAAUGGAGAAAUAAUAACAAUUAAUCAAAUAUAUAAUGAAUAAGUAUCUGAUUAAUUAUUUAUCGACGUAAUUAGUUAUAAUCUUUAUAUUUAUUUUAAUAAAAUUAUUUUUCAUGAUAUUAUUAAGAAG